AUGUCAAACUACACUCAAGGUCACUCAGAUUGUACGACAGCCACCCAUCAACGCCGUACAGCAGAGACCGAUGCCGCUUUCCUGCUCCCACACAUCAAACCAACAGACAAGAUCCUGGAUGUUGGCUGUGGCCCUGGGACCAUCACAGCAGGCUUCGUCAGUUAUGUACCUCAGGGCAGUGUCAUUGGCCUUGACAUCUCGGCAGCUGUUCUCCAGAAGGCCAGAGAUGUAGCGACUGAUGCUGGCACACCGGCACAUGGACCAGGCUCUCUUGGCUUUGGCGAAGGAGACAUCCUCAAGGGACUUCCAUAUGAAGACAACACUUUCGACAUUGUCUUCAGCUCUCAAGUCAUCGGUCACAUGGUCCCACCUGACCAGCCUCUCGCUGCGAUCACCGAGAUGCGGCGCGUUGUCAGACCAGGAGGUAUCGUAGCCUGCCGAGAUGCAGCCUUCCAGCACUUCUACCCAGCUCACCUUGAUCUUGAUCGACUGUGGGUCGGCAACAUGAACAAAGUCAUCUACAAAGGUGUCUCGCCUUCAGAAGUGCCCGGAUUCAAUGUUGAUGGCGGCAAAGUUGUGCUUGGUGCGGGCACAAUGGUGCAUUCUGGGCCAGAGAAGAGGAAGUGGCUUGCGUGGCGAGCAGCAGGGCAGCUGAAGGAAGGUGAUGCGUUCAGACAGAGCUGGCUUGAUGCUGGAAUGACGAAGGAGGCGAUUGAGGAGACUCUGGAGGCUAUUGGGAAGUGGUGUGAAACUGAGGAUGCGUGGUUCGCUGCAUUGCAGUGCGAAAUGCUGGGGUGGAAGUGA